CUUGUCUUUACGGACAUUGACAAGAGGUCUAUCUGCAUCCCUCCUUUACAGGAAUAUGCCUCCAUUUCGCGGUCGAGGCGGCAGAGGUGGCAGAGGCGGCAGAGGCGGCCGUGGUGGCCGUGGUGGCCGGGGCGCGAAGAGACCAGCCCAGAGAUCAAACUUUGAAACUUCUCGACUGGAUGAUCUCUCGUCGGAGGAGUCUUCCGGUGCAGAGGAUGGAGCUCCAAUCGAGCCGCUAGACGACGAAUUGGACCACGCAGUUCCCGCGGACGAUGCGGCGUCAAGUGACGAAGAUGAAGAUGAAGACCAGAAGCGAGGACAGUCAUACAACGAAUUGCUGCAACUACUCCAGACAAAUACCGAAACCAAGGCUCCCGCCCGGAAGAAGAGAAAGGUGGAUCACAAGAGAAAAGAGGAGAAGGACCAAGAUGUGCAGAUGAAUGAGGUUCCUACUGCGGAUCUGGAGGCGGACUCAGGCGACGAUCUCGCGGAGCAAGAGCUGUCUGGAGGCGAGGAUGCCGAUGAGAAAUUGGAUGAGGCGGAACUCGAUGCCCAGGCGGACAGCGAUGAUGACGAUGGCACCGAUCCGUUUGAGGCCCAUUUCUCUCUGCCGAAGGAGGGGCAACUCUCCCCGAAGGUCAAGGCUGUCGAAGCGAAACAGUGGAACAAUGCGAAGAAGGAGAUCGACGGCCAGCUUAAGCUUGUCCGCGCGAUCCCGGCCACUGGGAAGGGGGACGUGGCUGUCCUUCCACCCAUGAGGAACAUGUCGCAUGUCAAGCUUAAGAAGAGGCUUAUCGCCCCGGCCAAAGAGCACAUCCGGGGUAUUCCCAAGCAACUCCAGCAUGUGGCGCCUUACAUCUUCGACUAUCAAGAUGUUCUCUACGGGGCCCGCGACGUCUCCCAGGCGGGCGUUAUGCGGGACAUCCUCGCCGUGCACGCCGCCAACCACGUCCUCAAAACCCGAGAUCGCGUGCUGAAGAACAACACUCGCUUGGCACGGGAACCCGACACGGAUUUGGAGCUGCGUGACCAGGGAUUCACGCGGCCCAAGGUUCUGUACCUCUUACCCACCAAGCAAGCGUGCGUGCGCGCAGUCGACUCCAUCACGCGGUUCUUCCAGCCAGACCAGCAGGAGAACAAGAAGCGCUUCAUGGACAGUUUUUCGGGCAGCACCGAUGAUUCCUGGGAGAACAAGCCGGCAGAUUUCCGGGAGCUAUUCGCGGGCAACAAUGACGACAUGUUCCGUCUGGGGCUCAAAUUCACGCGCAAGACCCUCAAGUUCUUUGCUCCCUUCUACACGUCUGAUAUGAUCCUGGCGAGUCCUUUGGGGCUGCGCACGAUCAUGGAUCAAUCUGAUGCCAAAAAACGCGACUCGGACUUCCUAUCCUCAAUCGAGGUGGUGAUCGUCGACCAGGCCGACGCCCUCCAGAUGCAGAACUGGGACCACGUCGACUACAUCCUGCAACACCUCAACCUGCAGCCCAAAGACGGACACGGAUGCGACUUCAGCCGAGUGCGCACCUGGUACCUCGACAACCAGGCGCGGUACGUGCGGCAACUCAUCAUGACCGCCUCGUUCAUCACCCCCGAGAUCAACUCGGUCUUCUCGUCGCAGAUGCAGAACGUGUCCGGCAAAGUCAAGCUGACGCGCGUGUACCCGGGAGCCAUCUCAGAAGUCCCGCUCGCAGUACCCGUCAAGCAAACCUUCUCGCGCUUCGACUGCGUCUCCCCAGCCAAGGACCCCGACGCGCGAUUCAAGCACUUCACAACGACAGUGCUAUCGUCAAUCGUGCGACACGCCACAUCCGGCCGCGGAGCAAACGGCGGCGGCACGCUGGUCUUCAUCCCGUCAUACCUGGACUUUGUACGCGUGCGCAACUACAUGGCGACAUCGACACAGACAGAGCAUCUUUCCUUCGGAGCCAUCUCGGAAUACACAGAGCCGCGGGACGUAGCGCGAGCGCGUUCGCACUUCACGAACGGCCGACACUCGGUGCUGCUGUACACGGAGCGUAUGCACCACUUCCGGCGGUUCCCGAUCCGCGGCGUCAAGCGGGUUGUGAUGUACGGGGUGCCGGAGAACCCGACGUUCUGGGGUGAGGUGGUGGGCUUCCUGGGGGCGGAUCCGUCGACGGUGGUGGAGGCUGCUGAGGCGGGUGGUGUGAGGGCGCUGUUCUCGCGGUGGGAUGCGCUGAAGCUGGAACGCGUUGUGGGGAGACACUCCACUCAGAGCCCAAUAUAA